AUGAGCAACACCUUCCUCUUCACCUCCGAAUCUGUUGGCGAGGGCCAUCCUGACAAAAUCUGUGAUCAGGUUUCUGAUGCUAUCCUUGACGCCUGCUUGGCUCAAGAUCCCUUGUCCAAGGUUGCUUGUGAAACUGCUGCCAAGACUGGUAUGAUCAUGGUGUUCGGUGAAAUCACCACCAAGGCCAACUUGGACUACCAAAAGAUCAUCCGUAACGCCAUCAAGCAAAUUGGUUAUGAUGACUCUUCCAAGGGUUUCGAUUACAAGACCUGUAACGUGCUUGUUGCCAUUGAGCAACAGUCCCCUGAUAUUUCUCAAGGUCUUGUGCAAAAGUCCUUCAACAUUGAGGAUAUUGGUGCUGGUGAUCAGGGUAUCAUGUUUGGCUAUGCAUCCGAUGAGACUCCUGAAAUGAUGCCCAUGACCGUUGUUUUGGCUCACAAGCUCAACCGCCGUAUGGCCGACCUUCGUCGUGAUGGCACUCUUGGCUGGCUCCGUCCCGAUUCCAAGACCCAAGUCACCAUUGAAUACCGCAAGGAAGAAGAUGGCUCCCUUACCCCUCUUCGUGUUGACACCGUUGUCAUCUCUGUUCAACAUGAUGAGCACAUUGGUCUUGAAGACUCCCGUAAGGCCUUGAUGGAACAUGUUAUCAAGCCUGUUAUUCCUGAGCACUUGCUCAAGGACACCAUCUACCACUUGCAACCCUCUGGCAAGUUCAUCAUUGGUGGUCCUCAAGGUGAUGCUGGUUUGACUGGUCGUAAGAUCAUUGUUGAUACCUAUGGUGGCUGGGGUGCUCACGGUGGUGGUGCCUUCUCUGGUAAGGAUUGGUCCAAGGUCGAUCGUUCUGCUGCCUAUACCGCUCGUUGGAUUGCCAAGUCUCUUGUUAAGGCUAAGCUUGCUCGUCGUUGCCUUGUCCAACUUUCUUACGCUAUUGGUGUUGCCGAACCCCUUUCCAUCCACGUUGACACCUAUGGCACUGGUGCCAAGAGCGAGACUGAUUUGGUUGAGAUUGUUCGCCAAAACUUUGACCUUCGCCCUGGUGUGAUCGUCAAGGAGUUGGAUCUCUUCAAGCCCAUCUACCAACAAACCGCUGCUUACGGUCACUUUGGUCGUGAGGAAUUCACCUGGGAACAGCCCAAGGAGCUCAAGUUCUAA